AUGUCCAGCAACUGUCCGUCAAUCUUUGUUUGCACCCCGAACAGGCCAACUCGGACCCAAUUGGACAUGCUUUGUGAUUCUACGACAUUGACCAUCGAACCACCUCUCUUCUCCACAAUCGACCCAUCAAGCAUCGCCAAGCUUGUGGAGACGAAAGACCUGAGGUGGCUUAGCGAGCAGGGUGGAGUUGAAGGGUUAGUUUCAGCUCUGGAAACUCAUGCAGAGAACGGGAUCCAAGGCAAUAGCACAGACAUUAACAACCGAUGCAGAGUCUUUGGUUCCAAUUUCUAUGGAGAGGACAAACCUGCAAAGAAAUUCUACCAUUUUGGAUUGGAAGCGCUUAAACAUCCCAUGAUUGUUAUCCUACUUGUUUGUGCUGUGCUCUCUCUUUGUUUCGACAUUAAAGAACAUGGCCCGAUAGAAGGAUGGUAUGGAGGAGUAUCCAAACUUGUUGCAAUUCUUAUAAUUGUGACGGUCUCUGCUGUAAGUAACUUUUGGCCACAUAGAUUGUGUCACAAGUUAUCUGAAGCUAGAAGUCAUAUCCCUCAGGUUGAUGUUGUGAGAAGCAGUCAGAGGCUGCGGAUAUCAUUACCCAGCAUUGUGGUUGGGGACAUAGUCGUCUUGAAGCCUGGAGACCAAGUUCUUGCUGACGGACUCUUCUUAAGAGGGUGCUCAUUACAGAGGGGAGCACCCAUCGUUGAUGUUUUGAAAGCUUUAGUGGGAAUUGUAGCUACUCCAGCCAUGGUUGCAGCAACCUCAGCUCCAGAAGGUCUGUUGUUGGCUGUCAAGAUUACUCUUGCUUAUUCAAUGAAGAGAAUGUUGAACGAUGAUAACGUUGUACUGAGGAGACCUUCAGUCUGUGAUGCAAUUGGAUCGGUUACCACCAUAUGCACCAACAUUACUGGCAGUCUAACGAUUGACUACGAAGAGGUAUAA